AUGGCUUCAGGAAGCAAGGGGCCAGGCCUCUAUGAGUUCCUCAUUGAGGCAGAACUACAGCAAUAUUACAGUGCUUUCAAAACGCAGCUGAAGGUAGGUAAUGUUUCUCAGCUCAAGUAUGUCACUGAAGAGGACCUGAGUGGGCUGGGGCUCACAAAACCAGAAAUCAGGAGACUGAAGAAAUUCUUCCAUAAGUAUUUUCCUCAGACCUACCUCAGCAAAUUCAAGAAGAAACUCCUUUCCAAGAAAGAAGAUGGUGGUAUUGCUGUUGGCAUUGUUCACCCAUCAAGACAGGAGCGUCCUCCAGUGAAAGUGCCUUCCAAGCAUAUCAUUCCCGCUGAAGCAAUAGUCAUCAAUAAAGAAUUGGGAACAGGAGAAUUUGGUGUUGUACAGCAAGGAAUCUGGACCAACGAGGAAGGCGAUAGAAUCCAGGUGGCAAUCAAGUGCUUGAGCAAGGAUCGCAUGCAGGCCAACCCCCUUGACUUCUUGAAGGAAGCUGCCAUCAUGCAUGGCAUCGAUCAUGAGCACAUUGUCCGUCUGUACGGCGUUGUGCUGGACACAGAUGCUCUCAUGCUUGUCACAGAGCUGGCCCCAUUACGAUCCCUCUUGGAGUGCCUGAAGGAGCCUGCACUGCGUCCAACCUUCACCGUCUUCACUCUAUGCGAUUUUGCCGUUCAAAUCUGUGAUGGAAUGUCCUAUCUGGAGUCCAAGCGACUCAUCCACCGGGACCUGGCAGCUCGGAACAUCCUUGUAUUUACUAAACACAAAGUGAAGAUAUCAGACUUCGGACUUAGUCGUGCUCUUGGAGUUGGCAAGGACUACUAUCAAACCAACUUUAAUGUGAAUCUGAAACUACCAAUUGCCUGGUGUGCCCCAGAGUGCAUCAACUACUUGCGAUUCACAUCUGCCUCAGAUGUCUGGGCCUAUGGUGUGACUCUGUGGGAAAUGUUCAGUUAUGGUUUCCAACCAUGGGCAGCAUUGACAGGGCAACAGAUUCUUGAAGCAAUUGAUGAACCCCAUUUUCAUCGAUUGGAACAGCCAGAACAUUGCCCCAGGGAGUACUAUUCAAUCAUGCUGAGAUGUUGGCAGCAUGACCCUGCCAAGCGUCCUCAUUUCUCAGAAUUGCUCACAUUGCUCCCUGAUUGCAAGCCUGAACAAGUGCAAGCCAUUGCCGAGUACGAGGGACCUGCUUCCCGCGAGCAGCUGAUGUUUCGGGCAGAGGAUAUCAUCACUGUCCUAGACAAGAAGCCUAUACCAGAAUCAUCCAGUACAAAUCCCAUCUGGAAAGGUGUGCUGCCAAAUGGAAAGACUGGUUUGUUUCUUGCCACCAAGACUGUGGCAUACUUGGGCACCAAGAUCCCUUGCAGCAAGCAUUCUUUCAACCGUGGAGGUUGGGGAGAUGUCAAUCUCAAUUUCUCUGAAGUUAAUUCAUUGAAAGGCAAGUCAUUCGUAGUGGAUCCAUUGUGCAUUUCAGAUGGGAAGAAUGUGUAUUCAUCAAAAAGGAGACUCACUCGAGAGAUGAUCAGUUGCCCUCAGGCAGACUUCAGGCACACUGGACACGUCGGGAUUGAUGGUGCAUUCUUUGGGGAUGUCCCCAAGCAAGUCGUUUCCCCGUUCAACCCCCAGCAAGAUGAGGAGAAUCCGCCAUUGACUCCCAUGACUCCAGGGCCUUCUUUGACAAGGGCACCAAGUGACCUGUCAGAUCGGGCUCCCCUCCUCACACCAAAGACUCCAACUGAUAAGACCAAGAAUGGACCUGCUUCUCUUGAUACAUUAUGGGUCCAUCAGUCAACCCAACGAAAUCAAAGAGGGCAUGCCACACCAGAACCUGGAGAGAAGCCAGCUGUUGGUGUGGUUGGACCCUUGACUGCACCUGGACCCCAUGAGUAUCAUGAAAUCUCCUCUGAUGAAGAAGAGCUCAAUGGAAACAUUAGCCCCGGCUUUGAUGCUGGUUUUGGCUUGAACACUGGCAGCCUUGUUGAUGAGAUCUUCAGCGUCCUGACUUCCACUGCUUCUCACGUGAGUCCCCCCGUGGCUGAGUCUCCCAAUGAGGCCCACAAUGCGAGGAAUGAGAUCCGAGAGAUUGAGGCCUCUGCUGCAGCAGCUGCUGCCAAAACUGGACCAAAGAAGAAGCAGGCAACUGUGAAGCCUAUGAGUGCAACAGAUCAGAGGAUCCUCGAGGCUGCCAUCACCAAAGCCCGGGAACUCGCAAGUCAGUCGGUGACAGACUUGGGAGUAUCCUCACCUGAGGGAGAUGAAGACUCCUCUGUUCCCCUCACACCAGUCUCCCCAAACAAGAGGAAAUUCACCUUCAAGCUCCCUCUUCGAAGCAGCCCUAAAGGCGAGCGGAAGCCGUUCUCCUCUCAGGCCAGUUCCAUCCCUGACAUCCAGUCAACAUUGACUGAGGAAGCAAAGGAAGCUUACAAUGCAUUGGUGGAGAAACCAGCCUCAGCAGCCAUUGUUCAAUCUUCAUCUGAAGACCUGGAAUCGCCCAUCGAGGACAAUCCCUUGCGACGGCUCCGCUCUGUCGGAGCUCCGUUGUUCGUUCCUCCUGGCCGAGCAGUCAAGAAGCCCCCGGUUCUACCCCCAGUGUUGCCCAAACCUCGACCUGCUCCACUUCACAUCCCAAAUUCCAAUUUUGAUGUGCAGCCAGAAAAUGGGAGCAAGAACCCCCUCCCACUCCCACCACGUGAUCGCUCCAAGCCCAGCUUUCAAGCAGAUGAACCCAGGAGGCAUCAACGAAUCCAUCCUCUGGUCAUUCCCGAUGGAUUGUCCGUCAAUCAUGCCACCGUCAAUGGGGCUGCCGGAAUCUCAGCCAUCAAGAGAAACGAUCCUGGAGAAUCUCGACCAAUUGGGAAGCAACCCACAGCCAAGGUUCAUCCCCAACCCAUCGUAAAGCCAGAUCAGCAUCAUGUGACCAGAUCAUCCGCUACAGCCCUGGAUGAUAGUUUCGAGACUCAGAUUGCAGCUGAAUUGGAUUCCCUGGAGAAGGUUGGCCCAUUGUACACCAGUGGUGACCAUGUGUCCUGUGAGGAUCUCCUAGAAUUUGCCCUGGAUCGACCGAACGCUCAGCGCACUCGAGGUCGAGCCCACGGGAUCGCUAGCGAUGAAGUCCGCAUCAUGAUCAAAGUCUUGUCUGGCAAAGUGCAAGGGGAAGAGUGCCAGGAGUUUCUGAAUGCCACCGACUGGAACAUCCAUGAGGCCGUCAAACUGGCCCGUCUUCAUGUCCUGCUGAAAGAGGCCAGUGUGGAGGUGGGGAGUGGGCCAUCAGCCAGGCAGGCCCUCCAGGCAUGUGAAUGGGAUGUCCAAAGGGCUUUUGGGUACCUAGUUGCCACAUGCGGACCAGAAGCAGACGUGGCCAACGUCUGAGGCGUUUUUCUACCUUGUCUGAGAAAUGUAUAGUUUCUACUUUUAUAUGAGACUUUCCCAUCCUCUAUAACUCAGCUUGAUACUCAGGUGAAGUGCUUUCUCCUCUGUAAGCUAGGAUAGGUUCCAUGGUUACAUAUCACAUGCUGAAGCUUUAGGCAGGGAAGUGCAUACCUGACGGCCUUACGAGAAUCUCGGGUCUCCUUCUAGGGAAGUGUGUUUGUAACAUCUGUAUUUUGUAGUGCAGCAGCUUUAAGGACCCUUAACUGUUGUAAGUUCUGUAGCAUUCACUCUUGAUGAACUGAGAAUACUCCCACAGUAUAUACAGAAUCGUUUCUAUUGUCGUGUAUGAUGAGUUAUUCGCAUGGCUUCCGACGUGUGUUCCAAUUUCCAUGAUUUGGUUGGUCUUAAUAACUGAUGACCAUUUUAUGAGAUGUUGGGGAAUGAUGCAUAGUUUUGGAUUAAGAGCAGUUGAAUUUGCAUCCAACAUCAGGACAGCUCUGGUCCAUGUCAAAUAUUGGGACCAUGAUUGAGUCAGGAAGAAGGAGGUGCAGCCUCCACUUUUUGGCCCAUUUCCAUCUGAGUAAUGCUUAUUUCGUAUUGUUAGAGCAUUUUGAUAUUAGGUCUGGAAUUUUGUCAGUGUGUUAAAAACUAGUCGCUGAAGUGGAGUCACUUACUGGCUCGGCUCUUUGGAAAGAGUACUGCAUGCUGUCUUGUCGUUUUCUGGCUUCCAGAUGCAUUUGCCUUUGUCUGUAGAUUAGUUGUUUAGUAUUUUGUGUCAAUUGCUUGCCUCUCGGUCAUUAGUCACAGGAAAGUCUACAAUGUCAAAAGAUGUGGUGCUCUACGUUUUGUUCCUGUUAUGAAAUGUAUGUGAAGAGAGCUUUAAAAAAAACGAUGUCCUAGAUGUUUAUAUGUAUGCAAGUACCGGUACUAGAACAAAUAGUGGUGUAUAUGAAAUGAUAUGCUUGGAUGAAAAAGCGAAGAUGUUAUGCAGGUCUCAUAAACAGUUUCGGUUUCAGCAUUCACACUUAAGGAUUAUUGUAUAAGUGGCUGGUUCCCAGAUGGAUGAUUUUGGUACCUCUUAUUGAACACAGUGACAAACUCUUCCAAUUACUCUUGUUAAGUCUGCGAUUUUUCUUUCAAGCGAUGGAUGUGUGAUGUUUGCAGGAAUGAUGCCCUUACCCCUUACUGUUAUGAAAUAUUUUUCUUUUAUCAGACUGUAAUUUCAUCCUUGUAUCCUGAAGAACAGUAUCAGUACAUGAUAGGAGAUAUGACAUCUUCAUGUCGUACCAUGGAUAAACUCGUACUUCUGCAGCCAUGUCUGAAGAUUCAUGCAGAUUGGAUUGCAUGUUAUGGAUGUACAUUCAGUUCUGGUCAACUUGGAAAGCCGUUGUGCAUAGACAUGUAUAUCCCAUUAAAAGUAUGGGGAGCACAUUCAAAUCUAAAUACAAAAUGUGUAAUAUGGAAAAUAGAAGUGAUAUGCUCUGAAUCUGCAUCUUCAACUCCUCUGUGCUCCAAUUGAAUAUGGCAGA